CUGAAGGAUGUUAUCUGACAUCUCAGUCCUAGAGACUUUGGCGACAAAGCACAUCUAAAAACAGCUCUUCUCCGCACCCACCGAGGAGCACAGUAGCAUUGACUUAUACCGCGGGACACGCACAGCUCACAGGUAGUUACUCCCUGCAGAAGAUGUCACAGCAGCCGCCCUCACGUUACUUCGUUUCGAAGAAAAGCUGUUGAUUAAAUUGCGGCACUUGAAUUAAGCAGUUUUGACAGAAGCCACAAAAAUGUUCUUUCAGUGACAUUAAAGAAGGGAUCAUUCUAUUGAGGCACAAGAAACAGGGAAGAUGAGAGACCGAAUCGGUGACAUGAAGAAUCUGGUCAAGCAGCCCCCUGAAGCGAAGGAAUCCUGCAGUAGUGAGGAAAAGAAGGAGGUACCUGACACUGAGCAGGCCUUGAACGAAGUGCUCUUGGAGGUGCAGGAUGUUCGGAAAGAAAUUCAGCUCAUCAGGGAGGACGUCAUGAAACUGAACAAGCAACAUGCCCAAAUGCUGACUAAUGUGUCGACCGAAUCCUUGGACAAAUGCAAUGCCAUUGCUUCUGACAUCAAGAACCGGGGACAAGAUGUCUUAACGAAGCUCCAGAAAAUGGAAGCUCAUAGCAAGGAGCUGGAGGCCAAGUAUGGUGCCAACUCGGCUACAGCGCGUAUCUCCAGGACCCAGUAUGCCUCCCUGAGCAACUCCUUUCGAGACGUUAUAUUCGAUUACAAUGAGGCCGAGAUGACGCACAAAGAGAAGUGCAAAAACAUCUUGCAAAGGCAGUUGGAAGUCAUUGGCAAGGAAGUCACUGGAGAAGAGAUUGAAGAAAUGCUGGACAGUGGAAAGUUGAGCGUGUUCACGGAUAACGUGCUCGUGGAGGGGAAGACAGCCCGUUCUGCCUUCAACGAGAUUGAAAACCGUCACAAGGAGCUUAUGGACUUGGAGCAGAGAAUUAAGAGCGUCCAUGAGCUGUUCUUGGACGUGGCCAUGCUGGCAGAGGAACAGGGCGCCAUGCAGAGCAGCAUUGAAGCCAGUGUCCACAAGACCGACUCAGCCAUUGGGGAGGUCUUAACCAAGCUCAAUGCAGCCAAGAAAUAUAAAAAUAACAAUCCGUUCAAAAGGAUUUGCUGCGGCUGUUUUCCUUGCAUGAAGUGAGAUGAUUUUUGAUGAUUUUUUGUCAUUUUGACUUUCUUCAAUUCAUGGUUCUAAAAGUUAACUUGUUCCCAAGAGGUAACAGUUCUAACAGUUAACAUGUUCUUAAGUCCUAUUCUUUAAAGAAAGAAAAUGAGUAUCAAAUUAAACAGUAUAAUACACAUGAUGGCAAAAGUGAAUAUAUGUAUAUAAAUAUAUCCAUUAUGUGCCCCAGAACUAUCAAAUGUUACAUGAAAACAGUUAUUUUGCAUUCUUUAUUCUUGGGGCUCUUUAUUUUAAAAUGCCUUUUUUGGUAACCUUGUGUUUUCUUGGAAAAUCUUAGCUGUCUUUUCCUCUCAGCUGUGUUCUAUGUAUUAUGAAAAACAAAUGGAAGGACCACUUUUAAGAUAACAAGAUAUUCUGGAAAAAAAGUUUUCCAGAAAAGCAAGACAUAAUGAACACAACCUCUAUAAUGAAAUGUGCUGGUUUGCUAUAGCUACAUUUACAUUGUUUACAGGUGUUGAGCUUGUUGUUUCUCGUCUUUGAAUUCAUACAGGUUUCCAAUAGGAAAAUAUAUUGAAAAAAGAAAUCGUUUUUUAAAAGAACAUCAUUACUGGAUGUGCACUCUCCUUAAGACGGACAUCAACCACAUCUCUCUGACAUAUUGUUAUGCAGGUUUUGUGUGAAAUAGCGUGAAACUUCUUUGUGUGGGGGAGUGGUGGGAGGUUGACUUAAUUAACCUUUAAAAAUGAUUUAAUAAAAAGAGGCCAGGCACAGCCUUUUUCAAAGGUUAUCCUGCGAGUUUCAUAAAAUGCUGCCAAUGAGAAUACUAAUAGUUUUCGCUAGUGUACUGAAAGAAUUAUGGAGUGUUUCAGUCCAACAUUUGGCUUAAUCCACUUGGCUGAGGGCUGACCCCCUGGCUACAGGCUGAUGAGGCUGGGACCCCCCAUGCAGAAAUGCAGGUGCAGAAAUGCAGAUGGGCAGGAGGGAUGCAAAAUGAUGGAUGUGAGGGAGAGAAGGGGAUAACAUAUAGUAUUGAUAAUGAUUUAGGCGAGGAAAUGGCAUCAGCAGUGAUUGCAAAUUCCUAACAGCGGAGUCUGAUUGAACUUGGCUAUUGUCAACCCUCCCAAACCUUUGUUAUAAACUCCAUUUGUAAUAUACUGUUAUCUUGUAUGAUUUUUUAUUGUUGCUAUUGUACAUAUUCUGAUGGAGUACUGCAUAUAUUGUAUAUACAGUAAGUUGCAGAUAGGCUUCAUGCCUUGAAAUAUAAAAUUGAAAAAAGCUGUAAAACACGUACAAUCAGCAAUUAUCAUACUGUAUUGGUUUUGUAAGAGCUUUUUCACAGCUUUGCAAUAACCAUCCAAAAGAUAUCAAGUGUU